AUGUCUUACGGUGGCGGUUACGGCGGCGGCGGCUACGGCGGCGGUGGUGGCUACGGUGGCGGUGGUGGCUACGGUGGCGGCGGUGGUGGUUACGGUGGUGGUGGUGGUGGUCAGUUCUCUCGCGGCGGUCAUGGUGGCGGCUUCGGCGGCGGCUUUAAUGGUGGUGACCGCAUGGGCAACCUCGGCUCUGGCCUCCGCAACAUCGACUGGCAGACGGCCGAGCUCACCAAGUUCGAGAAGAACUUCUACAUCGAGGACAAGGACGUGUCUGCGCGCUCCGAGGAGGAGAUUACUGCAUUCCGCAAGGAGAAGGACAUGCGCAUCCAGGGCAGCAACAUUCCCCGCCCCAUCACUAACUUUGAGGAGGCUGGCUUCCCCGAGUACUGCAUGACUGAGAUCCGCGCCCUUGGCUUCAAGGAGCCCACCCCUAUCCAGUGCCAGGCAUGGCCCAUGGCCCUUUCGGGUCGUGACGUCGUCGCCAUUGCCGAGACUGGUUCCGGAAAGACGAUCUCUUUCGCUCUCCCUGCCAUGGUCCACAUCAACGCGCAGCCGCUCCUCUCUCCCGGCGAUGGCCCCAUCGCUCUGAUCCUUGCCCCCACUCGUGAACUCGCGGUCCAGAUCCAGGCCGAGUGCACCAAGUUCGGCAAGUCGUCCAGAAUCCGCAACACUGCCAUCUACGGCGGUGCGCCCAAGGGCCCUCAGAUCCGCGACCUCCAGCGCGGCUGCGAGAUUGUCGUCGCCACUCCUGGCCGUCUGAUCGACAUGCUCGAGUCUGGCAAGACCAACCUCCGUCGCGUCACCUACCUCGUCAUGGACGAGGCCGACCGCAUGCUCGACAUGGGUUUCGAGCCGCAGAUCCGCAAGAUUGUCUCGCAGAUUCGCCCUGACCGUCAGACCCUCCUCUUCUCGGCCACCUGGCCCAAGGACGUCCAGCGUCUCGCCACUGACUUCCUCCACGACUAUAUCCAGGUCAACAUUGGCUCGAUGGACCUCACUGCCAACCACAACGUUGCUCAGCACGUCACGGUCUGCUCCGACUUUGACAAGCGCCAGAUGCUCCUCAAGCACCUCGACCAGAUCUCGCGUGAGAACGCCAAGGUGCUGAUCUUUGUUGGCACCAAGCGUGUCGCCGACGACCUCACCAAGUUCAUGCGCCAGGACGGCUGGCCAGCGCUCGCCAUCCACGGCGACAAGCAGCAGGCCGAGCGCGACUGGGUCCUCGCCGAGUUCAAGUCCGGCCGCAGCCCCAUUAUGCUUGCCACCGACGUCGCGUCGCGUGGUCUUGACGUCAAGGACAUUGCCUACGUCAUUAACUACGACUUCCCCAACAACUGCGAGGACUACAUUCACCGUAUCGGCCGUACCGGUCGUGCUGGUGCCAAGGGUACCUCGUUCACCUACUUCACCACCGACAACUCGAAGCAGGCCAGGGAGCUCAUCGGCAUUCUCCGCGAGUCCAAGUCGGAGGUGCCCCCAGAGCUCGAGGAGAUGUCUCGCUAUGGUGGUGGCGGCGGCGGUGGCCGUGGCCGUGGUGGCCGUGGUUACGGUGGUGGCCGUGGCGGCUUCCGCUCAGGCGCUAACUCGUACGGUGGUGGUGGCGGCGGCGGCGGUGACCGUGGCUACGGCAACCGGUGGUAA